AUGUCGACAGAAGCCAAAACAAUAAGAUUGUUUGGAAAGCAGAUGCAAGUUAAACAAGUGAGAACUCAUAGUGGAAUAGAACUUCCUUCUGUAGCGUUCCUGGUAACCAAGAAAAAGCUUACAGAGUCUGAUGUUUCGCCGAUGCAGGGAAGACUCUUAAUCCCUGGCUAUCGUAAGUUGUAUGAGUUCUUGAGUAAGCAGGAGAAAACUUCGUUGGAGACUUCAAAGCAGGGCAUUAGGGUUACGGCCACAGAUAACGAUCGCCGGGAAUACCAGUUGAGUUUGUCAAAGUGGCCAAGUCUGGAAAAGCUUGUGUUGAACAAAGGGUGGAUGCAUGUGGUUCACCGAAACGGUCUCCAUGAAUUUGACGAGAUUGAGUUGUGGUGUUAUCUACAGGACGAUGAAAUGCGUUUUGUUGUGGAUAUUUGUGAACGCCAUAACCACUGAUGAGUCAAGGACCCUAAUUUUUUGGACAGAAAGAGUAAUAAACAACUGAUCAACUAUAUAAUAUAUUGGUCCAGCGCAAAGGCUGAAACUGUAGAAGCUGAAUUAAUUUGGU